ACAGGGGUGGGUGGGGGGUGGGGGGCAAUUCUCAUCAUGGAGAAUGGACAGAGCACAAAGCUGGGCCUGCCACCGCUCACCCUCAACCAGCAGGAGGCGCUGCAGAAGGCUAAGAAGUACGCGAUGGAGCAGAGUAUUAAAAGUGUUCUUGUCAAACAGACUCUGGCUCAUCAGCAGCAGCAGCAGAUCACCAGCCUCCAGAUGGCGUCUCUGACAAUGGGUCUCGGAGACGCUCUCUCUCCUCUUCAGUCAGUGGCGGCUCAGCGUCAGAGAGCUCUGGCCAUCAUGUGUCGAGUUUACGUGGGCUCCAUUUACUACGAGCUGGGGGAGGACACCAUCAGACAGGCCUUUGCUCCAUUUGGACCAAUCAAAAGUAUCGACAUGUCAUGGGACUCGGUCACCAUGAAACACAAGGGUUUCGCCUUUGUGGAGUACGAGAUGCCAGAGGCGGCUCAACUCGCUCUGGAACAGAUGAACUCUGUCGUAUUAGGAGGAAGAAACAUCAAGGUUGGGAGGCCCAGUAACAUCGGUCAGGCUCAGCCAAUCAUUGACCAGCUGGCAGAGGAGGCUCGAGCCUUUAACAGAAUUUACAUUGCGUCCGUUCACCCCGACCUCUCUGACGAUGACAUCAAGAGUGUGUUCGAAGCCUUUGGGAAGAUCAAGUCUUGCAUGUUGGCCCGAGAGCCAACUACAGGGCGGCACAAAGGCUACGGCUUCAUUGAGUACGACAAGGCUCAGUCAUCUCAGGACGCUGUGGCCUCCAUGAACCUUUUUGACUUGGGGGGUCAGUACCUGCGAGUGGGGAAGGCUGUGACUCCGCCCAUGCCCCUCCUCACACCGACAACCCCUGGAGGACUCCCUGCUGCGGCUGCAGUGGCUGCUGCUGCUGCCACCGCGAAAAUCAAUGCUCAGGAGACAGUGGGAACUUCGAUUCUUGGAGCUCUGGCUGGACCAGCGCUCCUCUCUCAACAGCUGGGAGGACUUCCUCAGACUGUCAUGACCACCCCGGCUCCAGGUGUCAUCACGGGGGUGACCCCAGCUCGACCUGUCCUGCCACAGGUGGGUCUGGUGAACCCUGUGUUGGCCACACCCAUGACACCUGUUGAGGAGAGGAAAGAGGAGGAGGAGCGUCAGCAGGAGGUGCAACAGGAUGGAGUCACAAAGCCACUCCGCGAGCAGGAGCACAUGAGCAUCCGUGGCAGCAGCGCAAGACACAUGGUGAUGAGGAAACUGCUCCGCAAGCAGGAGUCGACUGUGAUGGUCCUGAGGAACAUGGUCGGGCCUGACGACAUUGACGAUGACCUGGAGGGUGAGGUCACUGAGGAGUGUGGGAAGUUUGGCCAGGUGAAGCGUGUCAUAAUCUACCAGGAGCGUCAGGGCGAGGAGGACGAUGCCGAGGUUAUUGUUAAGAUCUUUGUAGAGUUUUUGGACGCAGCCGAGAUGAAUCGAGCCAUCCAGGCACUGAACCACCGCUGGUUCGGAGGACGUAAGGUAGUGGCAGAGGUAUAUGACCAGGAACGAUUCGAGAACAGUGACCUGUCGGCAUAGAACACAUGUAAACAUGUACACACUCAGUGCACUGUAGAUUCCUCUCUUACCUGUCUAAGUUUGUAUUGGUGUUUGUCUCCAGAAAAGCUUGAACUUAAAGGAUCAUUCCGCUGGUUUCAUGUUUCAACUUCAAAUCACAAAUAAUGUCCUGCUGAUGAUCAACUAACUGAUUUUUAGAUCUGGACUUAAAUUGGGUUCCUCUGUCACAUUAUAGUUCUUAAUGUUGACAUGUUGUAAAUGACUAAUGUCUCAUCCAUCACCACACAGACCAGACCAUCAAUGAUUCAAGGAUCAUUCUUCAGUCCCAGUAACUGAAUCAGGUGUUUGACUCCUGGUCGGACAAAGGAAAACAAAGACGUUUGAAGACAUCCUCAUUGACCUGGAGAACGAACUAUCAAUCAGGUAAAUAACUGUGUAAAAACUGUUGAUGGUGCUCAGGCAGCUGCAGCAAAUGCUGUCACUUGGUCCUGGUCCCACCCAGAAGUCCAUCUGAGACAGCUUGAAGACUCUGGAUGCUGCAUUCAGCUCUGAAAGAGAUUGGAGCUGAAACAUAAAACCAGCUGUGGUCCAGAUGUUGUGAUUUUUUUCAGAAACGUGGAUGUUUGAACACAUCAUCACAAAUCAAACUCAGACCGACUUCACUCUGUCGACAUGUGUUUGUUUCCUGUUGAAGUCGGGCUGAGAAAUUAAACAACAUGAUGUUUGUUCACGUGUCCAACGAGUCAAACAUUCAAAUAUGUGAAUAAAACUUUUUCUUUUUUACGUCAA